UUUCCAAGGUAACCGCUUAGCAAAGCGGAGCUCCUGAGGUGGGAAAUGGACUCCGGAAGUGACGCUCCUACCCUGCGCCGCCAGUAAGAGGGUUCGAAGAUGGCGGCCCGCAGAGGGCAGCGGCGCACGUGUACUGCUGGAGAGGCCAUGGAGACCGAAUCUCGCGACACAGAUUCCGAGGGCCCGGCUCAGGUCUACUUACCCGGCCGGGGGCCUCCGCUACGCGAAGGGGAGGAGCUGGUCAUGGACGAGGAGGCCUAUGUACUGUAUCACCGCGCGCAGACUGGCGCUCCGUGUCUUAGCUUCGAUAUAGUCCGAGAUCACCUGGGAGACAACAGGACAGAGCUUCCUCUUACACUUUACCUGUGUGCGGGGACUCAAGCGGAGAGCGCCCAGAGCAACAGACUGAUGAUGCUUCGGAUGCACAAUUUACAUGGCACCAAGGCCCCGCCCUCAGAGGAAAGUGAUGAAGAGGAGGAAGAAGAUGAAGAGGAUGAAGAAGAGCGGAAGCCUCAGCUGGAACUGGCCAUGGUACCCCACUAUGGUGGCAUCAAUCGCGUUCGGGUUUCCUGGCUGGGUGAGGAGCCUGUUGUGGCCGUGUGGUCAGAGAAGGGCCAGGUGGAAGUGUAUGCACUGCGGAGGCUCCUGCAGGUGGUGGAUGACCCCCAGGCCCUGGCGGUCUUCCUCCGGGACGAGCAGGCCCGAAUGAAGCCUAUCUUCACCUUUUCGGGCCACAUGGGUGAGGGCUUUGCCCUUGACUGGUCCCCUCGGGUGCCAGGUCGCCUGCUGACCGGUGACUGUCAGAAGAACAUCCAUCUCUGGAUGCCUACAGAUGGUGGCUCCUGGCAUGUAGACCAGCGGCCAUUUGUGGGCCACACAUGCUCCGUGGAGGACCUGCAAUGGUCACCAACUGAGGACACGGUAUUCGCCUCCUGCUCAGCUGAUGCCUCCAUUCGCAUAUGGGACAUCCGGGCAGCCCCUGGUAAGGCCUGCAUGCUCACCACAGCCUCCGCCCACCACGGUGAUGUCAACGUCAUCAGCUGGAGCCGCCGGGAGCCCUUCCUGCUCAGUGGUGGGGAUGACGGGGUCCUCAAGGUCUGGGACCUGCGACAGUUCAAGUCUGGCUCCCCUGUGGCUACCUUCAAGCAACAUGUGGCCCCUGUGACCUCCGUUGAGUGGCACCCACAGGACAGUGGGGUCUUUGCAGCCUCAGGAGCAGACAAUCAGAUCACACAGUGGGACCUGGCAGUGGAGCGGGACCCCGAAGUAGGCGAGGCGGAGGCUGACCCAGGGCUGGCAGAGCUGCCCCAGCAGCUACUGUUUGUGCACCAAGGUGAGACAGACCUGAAGGAGCUGCACUGGCACCCGCAGUGCCCCGGCCUCCUGGUCAGCACCGCCUUGUCCGGCUUCACUGUCUUCCGCACCAUCAGCGUCUAAGGUGGCCUUGCACUGUGGACUUGGCAUGGAAGCUGGUUCCUCGGAAGGGGUACAUUAAGGCCUGCUGACUGGACCCCUAAAAGAGGGGGUUCCCAUGGACCCUACAGACUUCGUGUUCUCCCAAAGGACUUGGUUUGACCCAUGGCCCUGUGCAGUCACUCUCACCAAAGACCCCUGCCUGGCAGAGGACAUUGCAGACCAUAUACAACCUGAGUAUCCAGCUUUUAUCAGCUUUGAUUUUUGGCUUGACCCUUCAACCUCUGCCCUGCAGCAGAUUCAGCAGCUACCUUCAGGGACUCGGGGGCUUUGCCACCGCUGGACCACAUUUCCUGGGGUGGGUUUCUCCCGCCAGCCCGAGCAAGACUGAGGUUUCCCAGUGCCUUCCUGGAGCGGAAGGCUAGGUCUCCUGACUGGUAAUAAAGGACCAGAACAAGG